UCUGACAUCUCUAGAUUUUGUGUGAAAAUUCUGGCGAAAACGAUUCUGUUAAAAGUUUUUAGACCAACAAUUCCGCGCCGCAACACCUCGAAACCGCCUCUGUGCCGCACCUGCCUUGCGUUUUGACCGUUGCAUUAGCCAACGACGUAAAUCGCACACCAAUUGCAAACAAAAAAGGCCGCACAAAACAAAUUGUCGCGUCGCAUUACGUUUCAGUGUUGCCAACUUUUCCGUAGUACCGGGAACGGAAACAUUUCCAAGCCGAACAGACGCAUUGCGGCCGAAAUGUGCACGCCGUUGGAUUGAUUCGCAUGCCAUUUUGAUUGGUUGUACUCCAGAUACUCCGAUCUGUGGUCUCCGGUCUUCGAUUUGGCCGGAAUUCGCCGGCGAAGGGACGGAUUUUAGCCGGAAAACGGCCGAGCUGGCAACACUGCCAGAGAACAAAAAUGAAGUGAGUUUCGGUUUCGGAAAAAAGGCGAUGCUAUAGGAAAAGCCAGCCCAGCCAAGCCCAGCCGGAAAAAGUGUGCAAAUGCGAGUGGCCAGAGAAGACCUUUGUUUCCCGUUCCAUGACGUUUUCUUGAGUUGUCCGCUGCUCUGAGUGGUCAUCAUUAUCAGUCAUCAUCAUCAUUAUCAUCGUCAUCAUCAACGGAGGUCGUCGUCAUUUAGCCACCAGCCACCCACAACCACCCACCAGCGAAACGGCCUUGAGGGUAAUCGUCCGCCAGCAUAUCGUCACCUGGUCCUGUUCUUCGCCUUGAUCUGGGUUUCCCAUCACACAGUUCAGUUAUGUCAUCGACCGCCGGCAAGCGCAAGGAGAUCUACAAAUAUCUCGCACCAUGGCCACUGUACUCCAUGAACUGGAGUGUCCGGCCGGACAAGCGAUUCCGGCUCGCACUGGGCAGCUUCAUCGAGGAGUACAACAACAAGGUGCAGAUCAUCAGCCUGGACGAGGACACCAGCGAAUUUAGUGCGAAGAGCACCUUUGACCAUCCAUAUCCCACAACCAAGAUCAUGUGGAUCCCGGACUCCAAGGGCGUCUAUCCAGAUCUAUUGGCCACCAGCGGUGAUUAUUUGCGGGUGUGGCGUGCCGGCGAACCGGACACGCGACUCGAGUGUGUGCUCAAUAACAACAAGAACAGCGACUUCUGCGCCCCGCUCACAUCGUUCGACUGGAACGAGGUGGAUCCCAAUCUGGUGGGCACCUCUUCGAUAGACACCACCUGCACCAUCUGGGGACUGGAGACUGGACAGCCGCACGCCCGCGUCUAUGUGGCGGGACACGUGAAGACGCAGCUCAUCGCCCACGACAAGGAGGUCUACGACAUUGCCUUUUCGCGGGCAGGCGGCGGUCGGGACAUGUUUGCCUCUGUGGGAGCGGACGGAUCGGUGCGCAUGUUUGAUCUACGGCAUCUGGAGCACUCGACUAUUAUCUAUGAGGAUCCUGCCCACACGGCGCUGCUGCGCUUGGCCUGGAACAAACAGGACCCGAACUAUUUAGCCACAGUUGCCAUGGACUCGUGCGAAGUUAUUAUUUUAGAUGUUCGUGUUCCUUGUACACCCGUUGCAAGACUGAGCAAUCACAGAGCGUGCGUCAACGGUAUUGCGUGGGCGCCGCAUAGUUCCUGUCACAUCUGCACUGCCGGUGAUGAUCACCAAGCACUGAUCUGGGAUAUACAACAAAUGCCACGCGCAAUCGAGGAUCCAAUUUUAGCUUAUACAGCUGCCGAGGGCGAAGUCAAUCAGAUCCAGUGGGGCGCCACCCAGCCCGACUGGAUAGCCAUUUGCUACAACAAAGCGUGCGAGAUCCUGCGGGUCUAAGAGUCAAUUUUUUGGUCUGGUCCCUGGCUGUAGCAACUGGCUGCCAUUGCUGAACAACGCACAGUCAACAGGAAAAGAAAACACACACACACACACACACACUCCACCCUCAAAAACACACACUUGCUGUUGGUAAUUAGGAGACGGAAACGCAGUCUCUUUAAUUUUUUUUUUUUUUUGUGUCGCAAGAGAGAGAUCAGAAGAAAGGCGAAAGUGAAAGUGAAAGCAAGAGCGAGAGCGAAGGAGAGAGGGAGGGAUAUAAUGGGAAAAGGAUGGAGAUGGAUCAUGUAUUUUAGAAUUCUUAGCUUAGUUGAUUAUACAAGUAUGUAAGUCAAGUUUAUAAGGUAUAACCAAAAUAUGUAUUUCUAAUUGUAGUUUAUUUCACACUUGACAAGACCGCCACCUCCCCCCAAAAACCCCAAUCGAUUUGAUGCGCUUUAUUUCAUUUAAGAAGUUAUAUACAGUUAGUAGGCCGAAAAAAAAGCAAACUUCAAAAUUUAUUUAUCUGACAUUUUGUACACAUAAUAUGUUAUAUUUUAACUAUAGUUUAAGACUUAUUAAAUUAUUGGAAAACGUAUUUAUUUGGAAAAACGCUACAGCUAAUCUCCGGGAGCUCCUUUCAAAAAAGGCGCCUUAAAUUGCUUAUAAAAAUACUUUGUGGAAAAAAAAUGUUCGAUUAAUAACUUAAAAAUAUAUUUAAGAAGCUCGUGUUAAAAUUUGAGACUAAUCGGUUUAGCCGUUUACGAAUAAUGUUUGUCACCGACUUUGAAAACACAAUUUUAAUUUUCAAGCGCUCUGAAACGACUUUUAAAAUUUGCGUGUUCGAAAAUAUUCAUCGGAACGAUAUUUACGUUAAGAAAGUAAAUGUGAAAAAAUAGAUUUUUUGAAAAUCCUAACUGUAUAUAACCCCUUAAAUCUCAACUAUGCAAACCCAAAUGAAAUAUGAAAAAAAAUGAGAAUGAAAAAAAAAAAAACAAAAAACACACAAACAAUGUCCUACCUCGUUUUUUCAACCAUGAAUGUUGUUAACCAAUUUUUUGAGUCUGGCCAAAUCAGCAGCAGCAGCAGCCACAUCAAUACAUAUGUUAGAGGGAAAAAAAAUGAGGCGA